AUGCCAUCGUCAUCAUCUUAUUCAACUACAUCAUCCUCAAAUGAUCAAUGUGAACAUUGUCAUUCUACAUAUACGUUAACUAAACGAAAAAAAAGUUGCGCAGUUUGUCGUCAAUAUUAUUGUACUAAUUGUGCACCCCGUGAACGUCAUUAUAAUCAACCAUAUCGUAUAUGUCUUACAUGUCAAUUAAUAUCAAGUGAUUCAACAACAGAUGAACAAUUAUUAGCAUUAAAAGUUAAACAUUUACGGUGCUAUUUACAAGCAAAAAAUAUUUCACAUCAUACAUGUACAGAAAAACAAGAACUUGUUGAUUUAAUUGUACGAAAUAGACAUUUACCAUUUACACGUUUAUUUAUUCAACAACAACAACAACAAGCACAAACUUCAUCAUCAUCAACAACAACAAAUGCUAAUCAACAACAAUUUCAUACAACAUUUAAUCAAUUUUCAACAUCAACAAGUGCUUCAUCUUCUUCAUCAUCAUCAUCUACAACAACAACUGUUAUGCCACCUCCACCUCCACCACCUCCUCCUCCACCUAAAAAUGGAAAUUUUACAAAUUUUCAACAUUCAAUGUCAUCAUUUGCUAGUCAAAUGAAUCAUUUUGCUGCAAAUUUACAAGAUUAUGUUACAAAUACAGUAUCUGGUGUUUUACAUCAUGCACUUGGUGACCAUCAACAAACAACAACAACGACGACAACAACAACAAAUAAUGGAAAUGGUACGUCAACAUUUAAUUUUGGUACAACAAGUAAUGGACCAUUUACAUAUACAUUUUCAUCACCUGGAAACUUUGUCUAUACAACAACAACAAAUAGUACAUCAGCUAGUCCACAACAACGAAGAACAACAACAACAACUAAUGAAGCAACAGCUAGUUCGAAUGUGCAACAACAAACAACUACAACUCAACAACGGCCACGUCGAAAAUCUCUUAGUGAAUUAAAUAAUGAGCAAAAUAUUGAAGAUUUAAGUGUUCGUGAAUUAAAAGAAAUCUUAAUAGCAAAUUUUGUUGAUUAUAAAGGAUGUGUUGAAAAAACUGAAUUAAUUGAAAAAGUUCGAAGACUUUAUCGUGAUCGACAAAAUGAAAAAAUCAAAACAAAAGAACUUGAUAAUGCAACAGCAAGCGAUAGUGAAUUAUGUAAAGUAUGCAUGGAUGCAAUUGCUGAUUGUGUAUUUUUAGAUUGUGGUCAUAUGGUAACAUGUGUCAAAUGUGGUAAAUUACUCGCCGAAUGUCCAAUUUGUCGAUCGAAUAUUGUUCGUGUUUUCGAUAAUAAUGUAUCAUGGAUACAACGAACAUUUAAAAAACGUGAAUGUAUUAAAUUUAUUCCAUCAAAAACUGAACAACAAAUAGGACGUUGUUGUUGUGGACGAUAUUUUACUGAACAUACUGAACAUGUAAAAAUUUCAUCACACGAUAUGAAUUUUUUGUCAGUAAAUAAAGAUGAAAUAUGGUCUAUACAAAAACAUACACGAACUGAACCGACAGAUGCAUUUGGCAUUAUUGAAUUUGAAGGCAUGGCGCAUCCAGCUAAAGCUCAAUAUAUUCGUAUUUCACAUGAUACACGUCCUGAUUUAGUAUUAAAAUUAUUUUUACGUGUAUGGAAUCUUAAAUUACCACGUCUUGUUAUAUCAAUUGAUGGUGGUAUUGCAAAUUUUGAAUUACAACCAAAACUUAAACGUGUUUUAAAAAAAGGACUUUUUCGUGCAGCUAAAACAACUGGUGCAUGGAUUAUAACAAAUGGUUGUCAACAAGGUGUUGUUAAACAUGUUGGUGAUGCGCUUUUUGUUAAAUCACCCAAAGCUAAAUCGGAUAUUGUUUGUAUUGGAUUUUCACCAUGGGGUGUUAUUGAAGGACGAGAAAAUUUAAUUGGUGUUAAUAAAGUUGUUUCGUAUCAUUCAAAAGCAUUAGCAACUAAAAAUAAUGCGACAUUAAAUAGUAAUCAUUAUUAUUUUUUACUUGUUGAUAAUGGAACAAGUGGAAAAUAUGGAGGUGAAAUUUUAUUAAGAAAACGCUUUGAAAGAUUUCUAUUAAAACAAACAAAUGCACAAUCAACUGAAAAUUCAAAUAUUCCUGUUGUAUGUGUUGUUGUUGAAGGCGGAACAAAUACAAUUCGAAUGGUUUUAGAACAUGUUACAGAUAAUCCACCAGUACCCGUUGUUGUUUGUGACGGAAGCGGUCGUGCGGCGGAUCUGAUUUCAUUUACACAUCGAUACGCUAGAGAAGAUGGUACAAUGUCUCCUGAAAUUCAAGCACAAUUGAUACAUACUGCAAUGAAGACAUUUUCGUAUACCAAAAAACAAGCAAAGAAUCUUUUUAAUGAAUUAAUGAUGUGUGUAAAAAGACGAGAUUUGAUUACAAUAUUUCGUAUGGGUGAAGAAUCAUCACAAGAUAUUGAUUUAUCAAUAUUAAUUGCUUUACUUCGUACUUCAUGUGUAUCAUCGAUAGAUCAAUUAAAACUUGCUUUAACAUGGAAUCGAGUUGAUAUAGCUCGAAAUUAUAUUCUAUCUGGUUCUCAUCAAUGGCCAGAACAAGCAUUAGAAGAUAUCAUGAUGACUGCAUUAACUACAGAUAAAGUUGAAUUUUGUCGAUUGCUACUUGAAAAUGGAAUAUAUAUGCAGAAAUUUUUAACUAUUCAUCGAUUGGAAGAAUUAUAUAAUACUCGUGAUGGUCCACCCAACACUCUUCAUUAUAUUGCAAAAGAUAUUCGAAAAAUUCGCAAGGCAGCUAUUACAGGUAUAUAUACAUUACCUGAUAUAGGUUUAAUUCUUGAAAAAUUAAUGGGUCAUGGUUAUCGAUCAAAUUAUACUCGACGACGUUUUCGUACACGUUAUGCAACAAUGCUUCAUCAACCUAAUACAUUACGACAGUUACGUCGAACAGCAGUUAGUACAACAUUAAAACCAAUUGAUGAUACAUUUCAAUAUCCAUAUAAUGAAUUACUUAUAUGGGCAGUACUUACGAAACGACAUCAAAUGGCUUUAUUUUUUUGGGAACGAGGUGAAGAAGCUAUGGCGAAAGUGGCAUAUAAAUUAAAUAAAGCAUUAGCACAUGAAGCGGAUGAUGAUGAAUUAGAAAUUGAAGUAGCAGCUGAAUUGGCUAGUUAUGCAGAACAAUUUCGUGAGCUAGGUCUCGGUGUUCUUGAACAAUGUUAUCGUGAAAAUGAUGAUAAAACAUGUCAAUUAUUAACAUAUGAAUUAAAAAAUUGGUCUGAUUGGACAUGUUUAUCCUUAGCUGUUAUAUCACAUCAUCAAGAAUUUGUAGCACAUAAAUGUUGUCAAAUGAUAUUAAAUGACUUAUGGAUGGGUGGAAUGUCUAUACGACAUUAUCUUAAUUGGAAAGUAAUUGCUUCUAUAUUAUUUUUUCCACUUGUACUUCGUAUUGAAUUUAAAAGUGCUGAAGAAUUAAAAUUACAACCUAAAACACAUGAAGAACAUUUAGCAACACAAAAUGAUAGUGAUCCAGAUGAUGAUGACGAUGAUGAUGAUGAUGAUGAUGAUGAUGAUAAUGGUACUGAAAAUUAUCCUUCUGGAAUUUUAUCAAAUGAUCAUACGCAACAUUAUAUAACCGAUGAAAAUCAAAGUAAAAAAUCUUCAAAAUUAAAUAAUGAUAGAUCAGUUGAAUUUAUUUAUGAAAAUAAACAUAUUGAUAAUGAACCAAUUGAAAUGGUUACAUUUAAUAAAACAACAAAUGAUCAUGGACAAACAUCAUUCAUAAAUUUAAAACAAAGUUUAUCAACAUCCGUACAACAAACUGAUGAUAUAAAUGAUAGUAAUAUUGAUACAUCAAAAAAAACGGAUGAAUUACCUAUGUCAAAUGAAAAUUCACCUAUAAAAACAUUAUCAUCAUCAUCAUCAAUACCAAUAACACAACGUUUUUAUGAAUUUUAUAAUGCACCAAUAACAAAAUUUUGGUACAAUGCUAUAUUUUAUGUUUUUUUUCUUUUUCUUUUUACUUAUAUGGUACUUGUACGUACACCAACAAAACCGAGUAUACCAGAAUAUAUUGUAACAAUUUAUUUGGCAUCACAAGCACUUGAUACAAUUCGAGAGAUUUGUACAAAUUCAUCACCACGUUUUAUACGUCGAUUAACGUUGUAUUUUUCCGAUUUUGUUCAUGUAUGUGAUUCAUUAGCACUCUUGGCUUAUGGUAUUGGAUUUAUUCUUCGAUUUAAUGCAAAUACUCUCCAUAUUUCACGUGUACUCUAUUGUCUUGAUGUAUCUUAUUGGUGGAUACAUUUAUUAACUUAUAUAUCUGUACAUAAAUCUCUUGGUCCAUAUAUUCAUAUUGCUGCACAAAAUUUAAUUGAUUUAUUUAAUUUUAUUAUCAUAAUACUUAUUGUACUUGUAUCAUUUGGAGUAUCUCGUCAAGCAAUUAAAUAUCCAAGUGAAUCAUGGACAUGGCGAUCAGUUAAAGAAAUAUUUCUUGAACCAUAUUUUAUGAUUUAUGGUGAAGUUUAUGCUGGUUCAAUUGAUCCUCCAUGUUUAGAAAGUGAACCAGAUGCUCCACAAUGUAUGCCAUUUCAUUGGGUAACACCAAUAACUAUGACAGCAUAUCUUAUAUUUUGUAAUAUAUUACUUCUUUCAAUACUUAUUGCAACAUUUAAUAAUACUUAUAUACGUAUAUCAAAAUCAUCUGAUCAAGUUUGGAAAUAUCAUCGUUAUUAUAUUGUACUUAAAUAUGAAGCUAAACCAAUGUUACCACCACCAUUGAUACUUUUUUCACAUAUAUUUCUUUUAGUUAAAAUAAUAAUACGUUAUUGUCGUGGAAAAAAAUUUAAAGUUGAUCAUGGAUUAAAAUUAUUUUUAAGUGAAAAAGAAGUUGCUGAAAUACAUGAUUUUGAAGAAGAACAAAUUGAUGAAUAUUUUGCAAUGAAAGAUAGAGAGAAAAAGAAUACAACUGCUGAUCAAAUUGCAUUAACAUCGGAACGUGUCGAUGCAACAGUCUUACGUAUUGAUGAUAUUUAUCAGCGUGAAAAUCAAAAUCGUGCUGUUCUUCAAAAUCUUGAUUGGCGUUUACAACGUUUAGAAGAUCUUAAUAUGAAUACAUAUGAAAUGAUUCAAAAAAUGUAUUUAAAUCAAUCAUUUGAUGAACAAGAUUCAUCAUAUACAUGUCAUCGUCGAACAUCUUGGUUCGAUGAUGAUAUACAUGAUCGACAACAACAACAACAACGACGACGACGUCGUUCAUCAUUAACAUGUUAUGAAUUGAAUUAUUUUAAAGAAAAACAUAUGUCAAAAUCAACAACAAUGUUAAUUAAUCGAAUGCCAAUGUCAAAACAUGAACAAAUUUCAUUAUCAAAAAAAUCAAAUCAAGUUCAAAGACGAUCAACAUUUCAUCGAUUAGAUUCAUUAACAAGUAAUGAUUUAAAUAUUAAUCGAAUACAAUCAAAUGAAUAUACUUCAAUAACUGAUGCUAUUGAUACAACUCAUCAUCAUGAAUGGCGGUCAUCGAGUCCAAUAGCUAUCCGUCCUUCAACAAUUGAUAGCAAUUCCAUGGUAUUAUUUGAAUCAACAAAAGAAGAAACAGCUGCAUAUGAUGCUGAAGAACAAACACAUAAUUUAAUUGGUGAAAUAAUACGAAAACGUGUUCGACAUUCAUCAAUAAAUCAACCAAAUAAUCCAACAGAAUCUUAUUACGAUAGUGAUCGAAUAUCACUUCUUUCAGUUGAUCUUAAUACUAGUUCAUCCAAUCUCAAUCUUGAAACUUCAGAUGCAAAAACUAGUCCAUAA